GCGGACGACAGUAGCAGACUUCGCACGAUUGACUCGGAAUCUUCCUGAAGGAAAAAUAGCAGGUUGCUGCUUGUAAUUGAUUUCAAAAAGAAACUUUUUAGAAUACAAGAAGCACAAGUCAACUACCAGGCUAAUGCAACAAAGCUGUGACUUACUCCUUGAUGGUCGAUGGUCACAUCAUGAGGCAAGAGGAACAGAAGAGUCAUCAGUUUCCAGCCUUGUUCAAAUCAUCAGUUGAGUAGAACAGUUAAGAUGUACGUCUCAAAUAUGAAGAGGAACGCUCGAAAGUCCACCCACAGUGGUAAAGCUCGGCAGACCGUUUCAACAUUCCAAGGUUUCCAAUCCACAUCCAGCCAUUCCGCCUUGAACCAGAACUCGAAUUUGCCGUCAGCAUCUCCUCUGCAUUCACAUGAAAGGAGUAUCUGGGAUACGGAGUUUACUGCGCCCAAACCCACAAGGCACGGCAGUUCCAGCGAUGUGAUUAUCGUCUCAGAAGAACCGGCUGUGAAGCUGGUGAAACCCAUUCCUGGAAAUGUUGUCAAAGGAUGUGUUGCUAGUCUCAAGAAUAAACUGAAACCGGACAGGAACAUUUUUUCUGCGUUAACAAAACCAGCCAGUCCAAACCAAAGGAGUUCAAUUAGUAAACCCCCGGCCACACCGGCCAAUCAAAACCAGCAGAGUAUCAACAUUAGACCUCCGACCAAGCCAGCCAAUCAAAACCAUCAGAAUGUAGUUAUCAGACCUCCGGCCAGUCCAACCAAUCAAAACCAGCGGAGUAUCAACAUUAGACCUCCGACCAAGCCAGCCAAUCAAAACCAACAGAAUGUAGUUAUCAGACCUCCGACCAACCCGACCAAUCAAAACCAGCAGAGUAUCAACAUUAGACCUCCGACCAAGCCAGCCAUUCAAAACCAACAGAAUGUAGUUAUCAGACCUCCGACCAACCCGACCAAUCAAAACCAGCAGAGUAUCAACAUUAGACCUCCGACCAAGCCAGCCAAUCAAUACCAUCAGAAUGUAGUUAUCAGACCUCCGGCCAGUCCAACCAAUCAAAACCAGCAGAGUAUCAACAUUAGACCGCCGACCAAACCAGCCAAUCAAAACCAACAGAAUGUAGUUAUGAGACCUCCGACCAAUCAAAACCACAGGAGUAUCAACAUUAAACCGCCAACCAAACCAGCCAAUCAAAGCAAACAGAUUAUGGUUAUUCGAUCUUCAACCAAUCCGAUUAAUCAAAACCAGCGGAGUACAAUUAUUGGACCCUCAAACAAACCAGCCAUUCAAAAACAACAGACUCUAAUUAUUAGAUCUCCGAUCAAUCUGGCGAAUCAAAACCAAAGGACUUUAAACAACAGACCCUUGACCAAUCCAGCCAAUCAAACCCAACGGACUAUUAUAAUAAGACCUCAGACCAGUCUUGCCAAUCAAAACCAAUGGAGUUUAAACAGUAGACCCUCAACCACAACUACGAAACAUACUCCAGCAAUUCUACAUCACCCCAGUAAGACUUCCAAAAACUUUGCAAGGCUCUACGGCAGCGAGUUUGUUUUCAAGAAGCCCACGGCACCACCACCAGUUUCUCGACUCCAUCUUUCCAGUUCUAGCUCAAGAGCAUCACAACCUUCCACUUCCAGAAGUACAGCAAAAUCAGGACAUGGUCAGAACAGACAAAGAAACAAGCACAGAAAUUAUUCUUCAGAGACUCGGCGAUUCACUGCCCACCCGCCAAAAGCUCGCUCGGGGGCUAAGAGAAGACCACAGAACGCUUCUGAAAGCGGUCAAAGAUUCUGCAGGGACAACCUAUUCAGUUCAAGACCUUUUUUAGAAGAAAACAAUUGGUCAUCAGCAUUGGGGGGUAACUUGUCUUCCAGUAACAGUAAACUUUCCGAUGCUCCAGGAAAUGAUAGAUCACUAUUCCAGACUAGCCGUCGGUGGUCCCAGUUUUCCAGUUCACAAACACAAAAGAGUGUACGCAGCAAAAGUACCGGAAGAUCACCUCACAAAGGUGCCUCACAAUCUACGAAAAAGCGAUUUGCUAUGAAGCGAGCUCUAAUGAGGCAAAACAUUUCACAUUCUGGAAGUAGUAAGCCAUUCAUUGAUCUUAGUCGUGAAAAGACUGCUAAGAAGACUCACACUGUUGUAAGAGCACCUAACAAUCAUUUUAAUCUUACUAGGGUUCGUGAUCCUCAUUAUGUGACCCAGCUGAGUAUUGAGGCUUUGUCGCGGAGAAAAGGUAGUUCCGCCCCUAAAUCAUUCCCGCCCCUCGAAGCACAAUCUUCCACCAAUUUGUUGCAUACAAAUGUCCAGAGUAGUCCCAACUCGCAGAGUAUUUCACAACAGAAGAGCCCUAGUAACAUUGGUGCAGGAAGCACAGACAGCGCAGGGGUAAAGUAUAACAACAGCUGUUCUGCUGUCAAAGUAAUUCCCACUGAGAAACUUGAGUUUCGUUUGAGUCCUCUGAAGUUCAAAACGGAAGAUAGUGGUAAUUUCGAUGAGGUUGAUGGACUGCUGUUCGUUUCAUUCAGAACUCGUUCCGGACUCGAAAGCUACCUCAAAACCCCGUAUGAAAAGCCUGUUAGGCCUGUCAAUGGACCAUCUGGAGCCGUAUCAAGUCUACCUCCCCACUCUGCCUUUAAACAAAGUCCUCAGCAGGCCACAAUAAGAAACCGUAUUGCACUGUAUGAGCGACAACUGAAGAAGGACCUACAUCGCAGCAGUAACAAAGAAAUAUUGAGUCCUGUGCUUCAAUAUUACCGAUUUUCUAUCAAAGAAAACCUUAUUUCCAUUGGUGCAAGAAGCAUCAACUUCAGAAAUCAUGGUAUUCGUUUGUAUUCGAAGAAGGUAAUGAACUAUGUAAGAAGGAAACGUCGCUUAAGAGAAAGCAGAAACAGAUGUAAAAACGAACAGGUGCAAAAAAAACGUACAAACUGCAAGGAACCUACAGCUACCAGAACGACGGGGUUAAAGAUAAAGUUUUCCGUCCCAGGAUUGCGCUUAACGAACAACUCCUUCGCAAGCAAGAUUGACACUGCGUCUAAGCAAGAUCUAGAACUUAAUCUUACGAGCAUCUCCAACAGUACUAGUCCAGAGGAAACACAAGAGCAGACUUCUCCUAAAACAACAAGUAACAAACUGCCUCUCGAAGAAAGCAUUCCCUUCAAACCUUUUGAGAAGGAAGUUACAUCAGCCAAGUCAGCUUUCAUCAGCGAUGCCUUGGAUAAGUACCUGGAGGAUGAGAAAGUUCAGCCGCCAUCCUUACUUAACUCUUAUGUGCACCCAUUGCUACAAAAUAAAGUUUCCUCAGUUACCUUCAAGAUGCCCUCCAAGCAAUCAAGCUCUUUCAAGACUUUGGACAUGGCUCUUCAUCAACGGCAGAUGGCAAGAAUUAAGUCCAAAGUUGUACCAACAGUUGCACAGACAGCAGAGAAACUGGCCAAGAAGCUUCAUCAUUACUCUGGCGCCAACAAAAUCACAAAUGAGCAAGCAGUUUCAAGUGGAAAUGAAAAAGGAAAUAUGGAUACCCCAUUAGCGUCUGAAACUGAUUCUCAGCAUGCACUGCAGACUGAAGAAGUCAAGGAGGCUUCAGUUGCACCAGGAGAGAAGGCAAUUACAGAUGCAAGUAGGAAGGAAAUCAAUCCGAAAGAAAAACCCUCGGUCGAAGAAAGAAUGGAAAGUGUCAGGUCGCUUUUUGAUAAUGCUAUGCUGAAGACGAAGCAGAUUCGAACACAACAACAAUCCUCCAAGAGUGAUACAAAGAGAAAGGAAUCUGCAUUGGAGGAAAGAUUGGAGACGGUAAAAAAUAAAUUACGGAGAACUCCAGCUCUCAGAAAGAAGAGUCCCUAUGGGGGUAAAUCUCAGACGAACUGGGUCACCAAGUUUAAGAUAGUGAAUAGCCGCUUGGUGCAGCAGCUGAAUACUCCAGGUCAGGGUGCCCACCUUAUCAACCCGGACAAGGAUGACCAGACACCCCAAGAGGAGUCUGACGAGUUACCGUCGUCACAGAUAAAGAAAAUCAAAAUUGAGAAGGGCUGUGAACCAAGUGCUGACACUGCAGCUGCUGAAGGCAAGAGAGAUAAAGACAAAUCCCGUGACAAAGGCAAGGAAAAGAACAAGUCCAAGAAUGAAUUUUUUAGACUUGACCAUCAGAUACCAUGCACAAAGGAGUUCUGUCGAUUAGGCUGUAUUUGUGCUAGUAUUAACCACAGCCAACCAGUGGACCAGUUAACUAAGCAUUGUAGGAAGCUUGCUUGUAUGUUUGAAUGCGUCUGCCAGCGUACCACAGAUAGUGUUCGUAUUCUUCGUACCCGCAAAAGGCCAAACAUCUUCCAGGAAUCAUCUAUGCUUUUUUAUGAUGGCUUGGGAAUGUUCAGCAAUAAUGCAUACACGGACACUCCAGUGAAGAACCCUGGUGACAAAAAGACAGGAAUCCUGCAGUCAUUGAAACCGAAGACUGGUGGAAAUAUGUGUGCACGAGCAAAAGUUUACAGAGGGAAACCAGGUGCCCCAAAAAGAACUAAACGGUACCUGCCUGACCAAAGCACAGCGCCUAAAGUUCAGGCCCCUACUGGAACAAUACAGUCACAGUCUCAAGGGCUUCCCAAAAGCAUCAAAAGCAACCCGAAAGCAAGCAGUGGCAAUUCACAGAAUGUUUUUACUCCAACUGGGACCUCGGCAAGCCAAAACAGGAAGACUGUUCAGACAGUCCUGUAUACUCCAGUCCAUUUACCAGUUGCAGGUCAGGCAAACCCUGUUGUACUCUAUGCUCCUGUCAACCGCCUCCCUGGUAUGACGCAGAGGCCAAAAUCUGCAGUGGUUUGUCAACAGCAGUCUGAGAAGGAAGCAGAUGGAUUGACACCUCAGUCUCAACCCAUGCCAGUUGAAAGUGAGCUUCCUCAAAUCCCUCUCAGCAGUGAGUCAAGGACAGUUGACAACAAGGUAAGGUCAGUUGCUGUUGUAAGUCCUUCUACAGCAAAGUCAUCAAACCAGGAGAGUUCUGAUGGGAAAUUGGAUGCAUCACUCACUCAAGACCCAUCGGGUGAGGCCCUCAAAAGUUUGGACGGUACAAUAUUAGAAAUGCAGGAAUCUGGUACUGCCUCAGCUGGUAACAUGUGUGUGUCGCCAGAGACGCUGGAUCUGUCACAUACUGCUGCACUAUCUUCUAAUAAGGAAGAUUUAUCUGCUACUGGAAGCAAAAAUUCUGCCACAAACUUGGUCAUCCAUACCAGAAAUCAAGUGAAUGGAGCCCUGUCUCCUUCAUCUGGAAAGGGUAUCGCAGAAGGAACUGCUCAUUGUUCUGAAAACGUAGAAGUAUCACCUCAAUCUGAACCUUCCAAAGUAUCCUCAGAAGUGUCAAUGGCAGUUGACAGUGGUGAAACAAAUGAAAGCAUCGCUCCUGAGCAAAAACCUCCAGUGAUGUUACCAAUGGAAGCCAUUUCUGAUUUACUUGAAGAUGCUUCUUCAAUUGAAGGUGCUGGCAAAAUUAGUGCAUUUAUCACGAGGAUUGAUAGUCCUUCAAAUUUGCAAACAACGGGUACAGCUUGCGAGUUAUCACCUACAAAUGUGUUAAACGAUGCAGAGGUACAGCCAUCUCCUGAAAUCUCAUCUUGCCAAGAAAAGACCGAUUCAGCCUCACCAAAUUUAUCUGAAAAGAUAACUUUACAAACAUUAAAUCCAAGUAAUGCAGUCCUAGACCUGAGUAAAAAGCGUGAAGCAGCUCCAAAUGGCCCCAAAUUGGACAGCAGUUUAUUAACUUCUGAAGCUCUCACCUCCAUAAAGGUUUCAGGUUCAACACAAUCUACCACAAACAAAGACACUGCUGAUCCUAAGGGUCCUAUAAAAGUUCCGGCUUUCUCAUAUGUACCAAGAGUGGAGGGAAGCAAUGCAAAGAGUCUGACUAAAACGCAAGUUUUCCUGCCAGGUGCAUCAGUGUCUGCUAUUAAUAAUAAAUCAAAUAUCCCUCCAACUACCCGUUCUCCUCUCUUGAUUGAAAUUCAGUCAGAAUGCAACUGGGGCAAUCAAAGAGAUGACAUUCUAUCUUCGAUAGCUAAGCAUACAGCUUCAGCGGAAGGUGGUUCUGCUGUUGUUCGUGUUGGCAAGUUUGUUGUAGAGAUACUUAGUAAAGAGUCACAGGCACAUUCUGUACCACCCGUGAUCACAAGUAGUACAAAGGUUAAAACGAAAACAGUUAACUCUGCAAUGGUCCAACCGGUGGCUGCACCUAAAGUUCAACAGUCGAGUCAACCAACUAGCUUCAAACCAUUUGUUGCAAGUGAUGAACCGCGAAAAGAAGUUUCCACUACUGUUCCUGAACCGAAAGCUUUUGAUAAUAAAAUCAGAACACGAUCACAGUCAAAACCUCCCCCAUAUCCUGAUCUGAAUACAAGACGAAAUCCCUCUUUCCCGAGGCAAAAACCUCCCCCAUAUCCAGAAAAGAGCAACAGACCACAGGUUCCCUUCUCCAUGCCAGAACCACCCCCGUAUCCUGAAUUGAACACAAGACCACGUUUUGGUUUCCCUAUGCCGAGACUUCCCCUAUAUCCUGAAUUUAACAAAAAAAUACGGUUUCCCUUCUCCACGCCAAGACUACCCCAAUAUCAUGAACCGAACCCUAGACCACAGGUUCAUUACCCCAUCACAACCCUUCCGACAUAUCCUGAAAUGAACACAGGACCACAUGGUCAAUUCUCCCAGCCUUAUGUACAAGUAUUGCCAGACCUAUCGAUCUUUCCACGAGAGAAACCGCCACCGCCGACAGUCAGACAACAGUUAGAUCAGAAACUUGUAACACUAGCUAAUGCUGGCACAGUUACUACGACCCCCCACAAUGGGACUGUGCCCUUGUUGACGAGCCUUCCUCCAGGAAGUUACUUGCUCUCGGAUGGGAAGAAUGCUGCUGGAUAUCUUGUCCCAUUAGCAGCAAUUAAAGAACACAUUGUCACCCCUGGUGUUGAAUCUGUACCACAAGCGAAGCCAACCCGUUCAACCCAUCCAUUGGUCACUAGCCCGCCACUACCCACUGAUUUGACUACUUCUCAGAAAGGUUCAAUACCAUCCUACAACCUUGUGCCUUCUAUCUUGGCAAACUCUGACAGGAAGUUUGCUUCACAAACUACUUGUCUUCCCAGAGUAUCAGCUAGUACCUCUGAUGCUUCGUCAAUGAUUGCACCUUGCCCAACCUCGCAAGAACUCAGAGGCCAUUCAGACAGUUCCACAUAUCUUGGAACAGGAAACCUUUUGUCCCAAAGCACUGUGACAGCAACAGAAAAUGAACAAAAUGUGAAUGGCCAAAAUCAACUUGGUGAUGAUGAAACUUUAAAGGAAAACCAACCAGAAUUGGGGGAAGAAGGGGACCUUGUAAUAAAUGAAACAUCUGGAAACGAAAUCGUUCCACCAAAAGAAGAUCUUGCGGCUGAUGAAGAUGAUGAUGAGGAUGAUGAUGAGGACAGUCUUGUAGAUGUGGAGAGUUUCAGUGAUUCAGAGGAAGCCAGCAGCCUUCUUAACCCCACACUGAUGUAUUCUUUUGAUCCCGCUCCUGCCACCAUCAUGGCCACUGCACCCACACCACCUCCCAGUGCUUCCUCUACUCAGUCCUCAUUCUCCACCAAUCAGGUAAAGUCACGUCGAAAGGCUCCGCACGUCUUGCGCCAACCUUUGUCAGAAGUUGAUGAGGCAGGGAGCAGUUAUAAAACCCCGCAUAGGAAUUAUGACAUCAAAAUGGUUGUACAGCAGUAUGGGACAGCUUCACCUGUGGGCAUUUCGCAGCCUCCAGCUAGCAAUAAAGGGAAGAGGAAACGCAAGUCGCCAGUCAUACAAAAGCCAUCUGUUUUGGCGCUGGAUGAGCCGGAGUUUACCGAGGCAUAUUUUGAGCUGACGUCGGAAGAGGAGGAAGAAGAAUCUACAGAAGAGCAGAGAAGGGCUACUCGGGAUAAACCAAACAAGCAAAUGCACCUGAUUAAGGAGAGACAGAGAAGAGAGGAUCAGAGGUCUCUAUUCAGUGAACUCAAGAUGCUCAUGCUGAAUGAAGACGACCAGAGGGUAGCCAAGGUCACCAUCUUAGGAAUGGCUUUUAAGGAAAUCAAGCUUCUGGAGGCGAAUUCCUUUAAGAUCGAAGUGGAGUGUAACAAGCUGAAGCAGGAAAACCACUUGAAGAGGAGCAAACUUGCCUCUCUUCUUGGUCACAGCAUUAUGGACUUCCCAUUGCCACUCCUGGAUGAGAAGGAGCAGGACUUUGCCGAGUACUCCAAAGAUCUCCACAGCAGCCAGGGAUUUGUGUCUGCUACGGCUAGCGAGACUGCCUCUCAAGAUAUGGAUUCGGAAUGCGCUGACUUGAGUUCAUUAGAGGACGAUGACGAUAAAGGCUCAUCAGUGGGAAAUAGUGGUUUGAUGAUAAUCGAACAGCAAGAACGGGACACAACUUGGGAUGAAGAGUUUGUCGAUGUGGAGUUAAACAAUGCGGAGGAUGAGUACGCAACAUUGAUGAAGCCUUAUCCUGGCUCUAGGUAUGCUCUCGGAGACGUGGUUAUGGCUGAGGGAACCAGCAACGCUCUUCCAGCAUCACCUAAAGAUAACGGCGCAGGAGACAUGCAGCAGGCCUUGGACAGGCUUACCUAUGAGGAUUCAGGUUUAUUUAGCCAGGAUGAUCCCACCCUUGCCUUUCCGAUGAAGUUGACUGCCGCCUCUAAAUCCCCCGCUGCCGUUAGUGAAGAUGAGGAUGAUGCUCCAGCUAGUCCUGCUGAGGUAGAAAGCAGAUUGCAAGACACUGUUGAUUAUGAGCAUGAAACGGAGAACUCUAAGAGUAACAUAAUGGAUGCGGAGGAGAGAACAGUCCUUAAAGAACACCCAACGAAUAAUCAAACCAAUAACAACCUUCUCGAGCAAUCAUCGACUAGUCCUUCUGAUGAUGUGACAGAAAGCAUCGAAGGGGAUAAUGAGAUUACGUCACAAACUAGCUCUGAUAGUGCUCUUGUAGAAAACAGUGAGGCUGGCUCACCUAGCCUUUCUGUUGCCUCGUUAUGUACAAACGCAAAGGACACCACGAUGCCUGGAGGCCUUUCAGAAAUCAGCCAAAGGGAUGAAGAGUCACCAGAACCUUUCACUGGUUCUGCUGAUCAAAGUGAAAAGUACACAGAACUGAAAGAACCUCCAGACCAAAGUGUCUCGGACAAUGAACCCAAGGAUCCAAUCUCCAUUGUCGUGGACGAAGAAGCGGAGGAUGACGGUGUUGAAAUGAUGGACAGCACUCCUGCAACUCAAACCUCAGAUUCUGACGACGUAGUAAUGGUCAACGAGGACCCUAGUCCAAGUGGGAACAAUCCAGCGAAGAAUAUAGACCCAACAUCCCCAGCAAAGCAAAACAAUCCAAAUCUCGACUCAAAUAGUGAACGUCCUUCAGAAGGACCUGUUAAACUGAAUGUACUUGCCAUCAACAUUAAAGCGGGAAUCGUCCGCGUAACGUGUGACACUGGAGAGGUCAUUCCUUUGGCUGUCGUGAAGGCUAGCUUGGACGGAACGAUGCAGGUCGCGGUUGAGGGGGACAUUUCAUCCGAGAAGGUUGAGGAACUAUUGUCCAAGUCGGAGGUGAUGGAAUGCCUUGAGAAAGUUGCAGAUCAAGCGUGUGAAAAGUUGAACAAAUCAUGAUUUCUGACGAGAAGCAAAAUGUCAAAAUAUAAGCCAAAAUUAAUUUUAUCCCAGCUAGAAAGCCACAAACCAGUUGGAUUAUAUGUUUUUUUUGCGAUUAUAAUGUGAAUAGUUUCUUACAAAAUAGUUGGUUUUAAUCCCCCGUUAGCAAACCAUGUGGAUACAAAAUCUGAUAGUGGUUAUUUUACAUUUUGUUUUGAUAACUGUUGACAAAUUAACAUUUUGUUUUGGUGCAGGAAUCUCAUGUUGUCAGGCUUUAAGGUAGGGUCAUAGAUUGCCUUCUUGGCAGCUUGAUGCUUAUGAUUGGAAAGUUUCACCUGAGUAACGUGUCUACUUUAAAGGGGCAAGAACUUCUCAUGGUAUUUUCACAAGAACAUACACUUCAUUGAGUGCUUACCAAUCUAUGACCCUACCUUAAAGUCAAUACAUGUUUACAUAUUGUGCAGUGAAAGCUUCACAAAUUGGAAAAAUUCAAAAUUGGACUGCAAAAAUAACAGAGUUCAUGAAUAGAGUUCAUGAAUUUUUUGUAUUUCAGAGCCUCCAACUGGUGACUGUUUCCAGUAUUCAAAAGUUGACCCAUCAUUUGCAUUCAACUACAUGGGUUGUGUGCGGUGGCUCAGUAAUGCACUGAACUUUCUCCAAACUGUUUAGGCAGUCAUAGUUUAUCUAUCAUUUAAAAACCCAAUGGAAUGAUAUUGAAUGGUCAGACAGUAAGAGGGUUGAGUGGGUAAUGUUUAGGUGUGUUAAGCAAAUAGAUGCUGACUGACAUAGUAUUCAAAGCUAUGUGGAUGAUAUUGAAUGGUCAGAGAGUAGGGGUGCUAGCAUUGAAGCAACUUACAGCAUUUGCUGUGGUGCCUCAAUGCCCUGUGUUCUUUGCAAAAUUCCAAAUUUUAAAUUUCCUGUUAGAAGUGCCCCAAUACCAGAGGGAAAUAUCGUGCCCGUUCAAGAAUAAACUGCAAGGCAUGGGAGUGUUAAAUUAUAAAUGCUGCAUGUUUAUGAUAUAUAGGAUUUGAGGCAUUGCAUGGUGAGGUAUCAAUGUACAUUUGGUUUGCGGUAACACCAUGUGU